CGGGCUUACGAGGGCCCGUCGACAGUGCAAUUGGGAAGACGAGACGAAAAACCCUUACCUGGAUCUCUGGUUCUCUGAUCAUUGUUCUGCAGCGAGAGAGAAGACAUCUUCCGAUCGAUCGGCUCGAGUGAGGAACGAGGGAGCCGAAGAUGCCGCUAGGGUUGAUGUUGGGGAUCGGAAGAACUUUUCGAAGGAAGCGGACGUCUUCUCUGGAUAUUCUCUCGUCGAAACGAGCACCGAGGGACUACUACAAGGGGAAGAACUGCAAGCCCACUGGUUUCCACACCAGAAAAGGAGGAUAUGUUAUCCAGCCAGAGAAAUUGCCAAACUAUGUGGUACCUGAUUUGACAGACUUCAAGCUGAAACCGUAUGUUUCUCAAGUCGCACGAGAAAUCAAAACAGCCGAGUCCACUGAAACUUCCAAGUAAAACAACGGCGAGGAAAAGAACACGAAGAUGCAGAAGGCAGGGAAGAGCACGUUACAGUCGUGUUCUUCCUGUGCAGUUUCUUGUUACAGUUGGAGGUAUUUCUGUUCUAAAACUCUUAUGUAGCCGCUGACAAAUUUGAUUUGUCAAUUGCAAUCGUCGAAAUCCCGGAAAGGGUUUCUAUUCAUUCCUUCUGUCCCUACUCCUGAAUUUGGUCGAAUGGUUCUUGAAAAUUAUGGCUGUUUUUCUUG